AUGCGCGCCGGCGCGGCAGGUUCAUCUGCUGCCUACCACCUAGCACAAUUCGCUCUAGACUCCGGGAUACCCCUACGUAUUGACGUUUUUGAGCGCGAUUCGCACAUCGGUGGCCGGUCUACCAUAAUCCAUCCUUGGUCUGAUCCUGAGCAAGCCGUCGAACUCGGCGCGUCUAUCUUCGUCGACGUAAACCACAUCCUCGUGAACGCGACUAGGGCGUUCAACUUGUCAACAAACACAAGAGAGAACCUACUUGCCAACAUUCCGGAAGUAGGAAUAUGGAACGGGAAGGAAUUGGUGUUUACAAUGAAUGAAGGAGGUUGGUGGGACCUGGCGAAGUUGUUCUGGAGAUACGGGUAUGCGCCUGUUAAGGCGAAUAAAUUGAUGAGGGAAACUGUGGACAAGUUCCUGAAGAUGUACGAGCGGCCGCUUUUCCCCUGGAAGAGCCUGAGCGACGUGGUGCAACUUGUUGGCUUAACUGAGGUGACCGGUCUCACGGGCGAGCAAUACCUGCAAAACAAGGGCAUUGCGCCCAAAUUCGCGAACGAAAUCGUCCAGGCGAGCACUCGUGUCAACUAUGCUUCCAAUCUGGGCACAAUCCAUGGUGUUGAGGCUAUGGUGUGUCUGUCCACAAACGGCGCUAUGUCCAUCGCUGGAGGAAACUGGCGUAUCUUCUCCCACAUGUUGAGCUCAUCCGACUCAAUUUCAACACACUUAAAUACUACCAUCACGCGAGUCUCAAGGCAGACGGAUGGCACGUAUGAUCUGACGUCUUCCGCCGGACGAGUCUCGAGCUUCGAUGAAGUUGUCUUGGCCGCACCGCUCCAGUUCUCCAAUCUUGUCCUCGAGCCGGCGCCGGAACACAUCCCUGAGCAAAUUCCGUACGUCAAGCUGCACGUGACGCACUUUGCGACGCCCCACAAGCUGGACCCUUCCGCUUUCGGGUUAGACAACGACAAACAGGUCCCUGAAUACGUGCUCACGACACUGCAAGUUGAUGAAGAAUAUGGCUCGAAACCCAAUGUCGGUCGAGCCGGGUUCUUCAGUAUUUCCAUCGUCAACUCGGGUGUGAAUCGUUACGCGUCAGAACCUCGCAACGAGUACAUCUACAAAGUCUUCUCCCCGAAGCGUAUCGAUCACCAGUUUCUUUCCCGUGUUAUUGGCUUACCGGUCGCAAAAGAGGAAGCUGAGAAUGGCGAUAUUGAUGGCACAGUCAGCUGGAUCAAUCACUGGGAGGUCCACUCUUACCCGUACGAAUAUCCUCGUGUUACUUUUGAUGAGAUCAAGCUCGAUGAGGCAUUGUGGUAUACGAGCAGCAUCGAGAGCUUCAUCAGUACCAUGGAGACAAGCGCACUGUCUGGGAAGAACGUCGCGCAGCUUAUCUUCAAUGGGUGGUACAAGCAGCACGAUGAGAGCUCAGACGGCGAGAGCUUGACAACCGAAACCAACUGGGACUUCAAGCCCCUCGACACACCGCAGAAGCCGAUCAAAGCUGAUCUCUGA